AUGUUGCCGAUUGUGCUUCUCAUAAUACUGUGUUUCCAUGUUUCUGUGAACCAAGAUUCUGGCCCUGAGUACGCAGACGUUGUAUUUCUGGUGGACAGCUCGGAUCACCUGGGCGCUAAGUCCUUCCCAUUUGUGAAAUCGUUCAUCAACAAGAUGGUCAACAGUCUCCCGAUAGAGCCCAGCAAGUACCGCGUGGCCGUGGCCCAGUACAGCGACAAGCUCCACAGUGAGUUCCAGCUGGACACCUUCAAGGCCAAGAACCCCAUGCUCAACCACCUAAAGAAGAACUUCGGGUUCCUCGGAGGGUCCCUGCGCGUAGGAAACGCUCUCCAAGAGGCUCACAGGACCUAUUUCUCUGCACCCACAAACGGGAGGGACAAGAAGCAGUUCCCCCCCAUUUUGGUGGUCCUGGCUUCCGCUGAGUCCGAGGAUGACGUGGAAGAGGCGGCCAGGGCCCUGCAGAAGGACGGGGUGAGGAUCGUGUCUGUGGGGCUGCAGAGAGCUUCGGAGGAAAACCUCAAGGCCAUGGCCACAUCUCAGUUUCACUUCCACCUGCGGACGGUCAGAGACCUCAGCACGUUUUCCCAGAACAUGACACAGAUCAUCAAGGAUGCGGCUCGAUACAAGGCAGGAGCCGGGGACAGUGUCACUAUGGAAGGUUGCCAAGGCCCUUCUGUGGCUGAUGUUGUGUUCCUGUUGGAUGUGUCCUUCAAUGGCAGCCUGGAGAACUUGGAACACCUUAAAGAUUUCCUGGAGGAGAGCAUUUCCGCUCUGGAUAUAAAGGAGCAGUGCAUGAGGAUUAGCCUGGUGGCCUAUAGCAAUGAGACGAAAGUGAUAAACUCUCUGAGCGCGGGCAUAAAUAAAUCAGAGGUUCUCCAGCACAUCCAGGGCCUCUCUCCCAUGACUGGGGAGGCCUACACCGGGGCUGCCAUGAGGAAGGUCAAGAAGGAAGUCUUCAGUGCACGAAAUGGCAGUCGGAAGAACCAAGGGGUGCCUCAGAUCGCAGUGCUGGUGAUGCACCGAGAAUCGGAGGAUAAUGUCACCAAGGCGGCAGCCAACCUCCGGCGAGAGGGUGUCACCAUCUUCACCAUGGGCAUCGAGGGUGCCAGUGACACCCAGCAGGAGAAAAUAGCCUCUCACCCCGCUGAGCAGUACGUCUCCAAGCUGAAAACCUUCUCCCACCUGGCUGCCCACAACCAGACGUUUCUGAAGAAGCUGCGGAAUCAGAUAACACACACAGUUUCUGUCUUGUCAGAACGGACAGAAACCCUUAAAUCCGGGUGUGUGGACACAGAGGAAGCAGACAUCUAUCUGCUCAUUGACGGCUCAGGCCAUACCCAGGCCACCGACUUUCACGAAAUGAAGACUUUCCUUUCUGAUAUUGUGGGCAUGUUCCACAUUGCCCGCCACAAGGUGCGGGUUGGCGCAGUGCAGUACGCAGACACCUGGGACCUGGAGUUUGGGGUGAACAAGUACACUAACAAGCACGACCUGGGGAAGGCCAUCGAGAACAUUAGGCAAAUGGGUGGGAAUGCAAACACGGGUGCCGCUCUGAACUUCACUCUGGGGCUGUUGCAAAAGGCCAAGAAACAGCGAGGGAACAAAGUGCCCUGUCACCUUAUUGUCCUGACCAGCGGAAUGUCCAAUGACAGUGUCCUGGAGCCAGCAAACAAACUGAGAGAAGAACACAUCAGUGUUUAUGCUAUUGGAGUCAAGGAGGCCAACCACACGCAGCUGCACGAGAUGGCAGGUGAGGAAAAGAGAGUGUACUACGUGCACGACUUCGACUCCUUGAAAGACAUCAGGAACCAAGUGGUUCAAGACAUCUGCACUCCGGAAGCCUGCAAGGAGAUGAAAGCUGACAUCAUGUUUCUGGUGGACAGUUCUGGCAGCAUAGGACUUGAAAACUUCAGCAAAAUGAAAACAUUUAUGAAAAACUUGGUGAGCAAAUCUCAGAUCGGCCCAGAUCGGGUGCAGAUUGGUGUGGUCCAGUUCAGCCACAUCAAUCAGGAGGAGUUUCCACUCAACAGAUACAUGACCCAGCAUGAGAUUUCAGAUGCCAUAGACCGCAUGGCCCACAUUGGAGAAACCACCUUGACUGGCGGCGCCCUAACCUUUGUGUCUCAAUACUUCAGCCCCAGCAAGGGGGCCCGGGCCACCGUCAAGAAGUUCCUCAUCCUCAUCACAGACGGCGAAGCCCAUGACAUAGUAAAGGACCCAGCACUGGCACUUCGGCAAGAAGGCAUCAUUAUCUUCUCAGUGGGGGUGUUUGGCUCCAACGUCACCCAGCUCGAGGAGAUCAGCGGGAGACCAGAGAUGGUUUUCUAUGUUGAAAACUUUGACAUUCUGCAACACAUUGAAGAUGACCUUGUUUUUGGAAUCUGCAGCCCCCGAGAAGAAUGCAAGCGGAUUGAAGUGUUAGAUGUUGUGUUCGUGAUCGACAGUUCCGGCAGCAUUGACCAUGACGAGUACAACAUCAUGAAAGACUUUAUGAUCAGCCUGGUGAAAAAGGCCGACGUGGGCAAGAAUCGGGUCAGGUUUGGCGCCCUCAAGUACGCAGAUGACCCCGAGGUGCUGUUUUACCUCGGUGACCUCAGCACCAAGGGGGAGGUGAUCACCGUGCUUCAGAAUGACCAGCCCCUGGGGGGCAACACGUACACCGCUGAGGCCCUGAGCUUCUCAGACCACAUGUUCACCGAGGCCCGGGGCAGCCGUCUGCAAAAGGGGGUCCCCCAGGUCCUCAUUGUGAUCACCGAUGGGGAGUCCCAUGACUCAGUCAAACUCAACGCCACAGCGAAGGCCUUGCGAGACAAGGGCAUUCUCGUCCUGGCAGUGGGCAUCGCUGGUGCCAACCAGGAGGAGCUGCUGGCCAUGGCGGGCUCCAGUGACAAGUACUACUUCGUGGAGACCUUCGGAGGCCUGAAGGGGAUCUUUUCAGACGUGUCUGCCAGUGUCUGUAACUCUUCAAAAGUAGAAUGUGAAAUUGAAAAGGUAGAUCUUGUUUUCCUCAUGGACGGUUCCAACAGCAUCCAACCAGCUGACUUCAAGAAGAUGAAGGAAUUUUUGGCCUCUGUUGUUCAGGACUUCGAUGUCAGCCUCAACAGGGUGCGGAUAGGAGUGGCCCAGUUUAGUGACACCUACCGGGCCGAGUUCCCGCUGGGGUCUUUCACGGGGGACAGGAUUUCGGCUCAGAUUGAGAGCAUCCAGCAGGUCUUCGGGUACACCCACAUUGGCGAUGCCCUGCGGAAGGUGGCUCACUACUUCCAGGCGGACAUGGGAAGUCGGAUCAACACAGGGACACCCCAGGUGCUGCUGGUCCUCACCGACGGGCGGUCCCAGGAUGAGGUGGCCCCGGCUGCCGAGGACCUGCGGCACAAAGGCAUCGACAUCUACUCGGUGGGCAUCGGGGACGUGGACCACCAGGAGCUCAUCCAGAUCACUGGGACAGCUGACAAAAAGUUGACAGUGGACAACUUCGAUGAGCUCAAGAAGGUCAAGAAAAGGAUCGUCCGCAACAUCUGCACUUCGGGGGGAGAGAGCAAUUGUUUUGUGGAUGUGGUGGUGGGAUUUGACAUCUCAACCCAGCAGAAAGGACAAAGUUUUCUUGAAGAUCAGGCUUGGAUGGGAGCCUACCUUCAAGACAUCUUACACGCAGCCAGCUCCCUCAACGGGGUGAGCUGUGAGGUGGGCACGGAGACUCAGGUCAGCGUCGCUUUCCAAGUGACAAAUGCCAUGGAGAAAUACUCCCCCAAGUUUGAGAUCUACAGUGAAAAUAUCCUGAACAGCUUGAAAGACGUCAAAGUGAAAGAGCCCUCGUUUCUCAACACCAACCUGCUGAGUGCACUGUGGGACACGUUUCAGAACAAGUCAGCAGCCCGAGGAAAGGUGGUUCUCUUAUUUUCAGAUGGACUGGACGAUGAUGUUGAAAAACUGGAACAAAAAUCUGACGAGCUUAGGAAAGAAGGCCUGAAUGCACUCAUCACCAUUGCUCUGGACAGAAGUGCUCGUUCAAGUGACCUGGACAAUCUUCUGUACAUUGAAUUUGGGAAAGGAUUUGAGUACAAGACCCAGCUGGCCAUUGGGAUGAGAGAUCUUGGGAGCCGGCUGUCAAAGCAGCUGGUCAAUGUUGCUGAACGAACAUGCUGCUGUCUGUUCUGCAAGUGCGUUGGCGGAGAUGGCACAAUGGGAGAUCCCGGAACAGCAGGGAAAAAGGGACUUCCAGGUCUUAAAGGCAGUGAAGGCUACCUGGGAGAAGAGGGUACUUCUGGAGAAAGAGGAGCCCCUGGACCAAUGGGAGAGCAGGGGACCAAAGGUUGUAACGGUGCCAAAGGCCCAAAGGGAAACAGAGGAUUCACUGGACAGGAGGGAGACGCUGGGGAGAGCGGAAUUUAUGGAUCAAAUGGAGAACAGGGUGACAAGGGUCUUCCUGGAAGAAAAGGGGAAAAGGGUGACGAAGGAUCCCAGGGCAGCCCAGGAGAGAGCGGGAUGCCCGGUGAUCACGGAGCAAAGGGCCUGCGAGGCGACCCUGGAGUUCCUGGAUUUGACAAUGCCAUACAGGGACCCAAAGGCUUGAAAGGAGAACUCGGAAAACAAGGUACAAGAGGCUGGCCAGGCCCCCCUGGAACACCAGGCUCCAGGAAAAAGAUGGCAGCACGUGGUCAAAGGGGACCCCAAGGGCUACAGGGUCAAAGAGGAGUGGGGGGUCCAGAUGGACUGGAAGGCUCACUGGGUCUAAAGGGGCCUCAGGGUCCAAGAGGAGAUGCUGGUGUUAAAGGAGAAAAAGGAAGCCCUGGAAUUAAAGGUCCCCAGGGACCUCCAGGACCCGCAGGACAGGAGGGGAGUCCAGGCCGUUCCGGAAGCCAAGGAAAGAAAGGAGAACCUGGAGACCCGGGCGGGAAAGGAGAUGCUGGCUUCCCCGGUCCUCGGGGCAUGCAGGGCGGUGAUGGCGUUCCAGGUUACGGUCGAGCUGGGACGAAAGGUGCAAAGGGCCAAGAAGGCUUCCCUGGAGAAAGUGGGCCCAAGGGUGAAAUUGGGGACCCUGGAGACCCAGGAGAAGUUGGACCCAAGGGAGUUAGAGGCAAUACGGUAUCUGCUAGCUUUCCAGGAGAGCCGGGAACCCCUGGGGAUCCAGGACCACCAGGGCGCAAGGGCAUGAAAGGAGCCAAAGGUUGGACUUCCUUUUCCACGUGUGAGCUCAUCCAGUACGUGCGGGACCACAGUCCUGGCGGCCAUGGGAAGCCUGAGUGCCCCGUGCACCCGAUCGAGCUGGUGUUUGCACUGGACCAGUCCCGGGAUGUCACCCAGCAGGACUUUGAGAAGAUGAAGGCGGCGGUCGUCUCCCUCGUGACAGACAUCAGAGUCCGGGAGGACAGCUGUCCAGUGGGCGCGCGCGUGGCCAUCGUCUCCUACGACUCCCAGGCCAGGCACCUCAUCCGCUUCUCAGACGUCUACACCAAGGGCCAGCUGCUCCGGGAGGUCGAGGCGCUGCCCUUCGAACGGUCCUCCCAGGGCAGGGAGAUUGGCAGGGCCAUGAGGUUCGUUGCCAGGAACGUCUUCAAGCGGACCCUCCCAGGCACUCACACCAGGAGAAUCGCCACGUUCUUCAGCUCAGGCCAGUCAGGUGAUGUCCACUCGGUCACCACAGCCACCAUGGAGUUCAGCGCGCUGGACAUCGUCCCCGUGGUCAUCGCCUUCAGCAGCGUGCCAGCCGUCAGACGCGCCUUUUCGAUCGACGACACUGGCACGUUCCAAGUCAUCAUGGUCCCGGCUGGAGCUGACUUGGCGCCAGCACUCGAAGGACUCCGGCGCUGUACUUUCUGCUAUGAUGUCUGCAGACCGGACCCUUCCUGUGAGCGGGCCAGGCUGGGCCCCAUGCAGGCCUACAUGGACGCGGCCUUCCUGUUGGACGGCUCCCGGCAUGUGGCCCACGCCGACUUCGAUGACAUGAGGCGCCUGGCGGGGGCCCUGCUGGAGCACUUCGAGGUCAGCCCUGAGCCCCUGACUUCGGCCUCUGGGGACCGGGUGGCCGUGCUGAGCCAUGCCCCCCGCGGCUUCGUGCCCCAGGGCGCCCGCAGCCCGGUGCAGCCCGAGUUCAACCUCACCACCUACGGCAGCCGACGCCUGAUGCGGCGUCACCUGGAGCAGGCCACGCAGCAGCCCGGCGGGGACGCCUUCGUGGGCCAUGCCCUGCGGUGGACCCUGGACAACGUCUUCUCGGGCACCCCCAACCCGAGGAGGAACAAGGUCCUGUUUGUCCUGUCAGCAGGGGAGACCAGCCCGCUGGACCGGGAGGCCCUGAGGAGCGAGGCCCUGCGGGCCAAGUGCCAGGGCUUCGUCCUCUUCGUGCUGUCGCUGGGCCCCGCCUGGAGCAGCUCGGAGCUGGACGCGCUGGCCAGCAGCCCCGUGGACCACCACCUGGUCCAGUUGGGCCGGGUCCACAAGCCGGACCACCAGUACAGCGUCAACUUCAUCAGGUCCUUCCUGCAGUCGGUCCGACGUGCCAUCAACAAAUACCCACCACUAACCCUCAAAGCCAAAUGCAGUCAGCUCAGCGCCACAGAGCUCAGCUCCACGGAGCCGAGGCAGCCGCUGCGAAGCUUCCAGAGCCCUGUUCCUGGACCACAAAAAAUUGCCCUCAGAAAAGAGGAGUUACAGGAUGCAGGCCUCUUUCAGGAUGAAAAAUACCUUUCACGAGUAGCAGGAGGCAACCUAGAUGGUGCUGUGCGAAACUUUACCAGAAAAACAUACCACGCCUUUACCAACAGGAAGAGAGUGAUGAAAACAGCUUCCACACGACACAGUAAAGAGAGUGCCCGGACAGUUUAG